AUGACUACGCUACGAAAAGAAGCCUAUAUUCCUCCACACCUGCGCAGCUGUCCCCCUUCCAACAAGGUCUCGAUUCCGCCACACCUGCGCAACCGUCCCUCUGCCAACAAAGCGACGAUAAAUCCAGAGCGCAACAAUGUUGCUACCAAUGGCUCGCCUUCUUCCUCGAACAAGUCCAAAUCCACAGUUGCGACUAAGCCUGGGUCAGUUCAGAACCGAAACAACAUGCGCGAGAUAACCCCACCUUCACCAGCAACCACACCGCAUGAGCCUGUAGAGCUUGAAACUAAAGACAUGGUUAACCCCGAAAACAUCUGGGGUGGCUGGAACGAACCUGAAAAUCAAGACAUCGCUACGCCCGAAAAUGUCUGGGGCGGCUGGAAUGAAGAUAAAACCAAGCAUCCGCAUACUUAUCAGAAAACUGCUAACCUGCGUUCGAAUCGUGGUCCCCAGCCGUACAAGAGGAAGCCUUGGCCAAAACAAAGGGACAUGAAGUAUGUUCCUGGCAACAGCGAUAGCGGUGGUGGUGUCAACUGCUGGUCUGACAGCAACGGAGACCCCAACUACGAUGUCAAGAAAUUGCUAGACUGGAACGGCGAUUGGCUACCUGCUCCCGAAUCAUGGUCCGCUCGGAGAGGACACGAAGACCGUCAUCUUGGUGCGCAUGUAGAGCAAUGGAUGAAUGGGCACUCACAGGAGUGCACCAAAUCCGUGUACUACCCACUCAGUACUUUCAGUCCUGAAGAUGGACCCUGUAAGGAACUGGCACCUCGUUACUGGCUCGAGGCGAAGGUUGAGGGUGGCAACUUGAGAGAAUCUUGGAAGACAAUCUCCACUUCGGACCCAAAGCCACUAGAUGAUAUGGACCUUGCUGGUUAUGCACCUUGGUGGGAGAUGUACGAGGACGUGUUCUAUUCCGAGGUGAUCCACGAGGACGGUCAGGAUGAACUGCAUUUCAAGCAUAGGAGCUGUUACUUGAACGGUCUACCAGCGCCAGAGGCAAGGAUCGACCCUACUGAUGCAGAUCAUCCUACCACUCCUCUGAUGCUGGCUUCAGCUGCAGAAAAGCUUGAAGACCUACAAAAACGUAGGGAAGCUAAGGAACGUCGCCUGUUGGCCAAACGUAAUCGUCCAGUCCCGAAUUCGACGUUUCCAAUGGAGGCCAUGGAAGAUCGUCGCCUGCGCCCUAAGGCCAACAUGUACAUUCGUCCUGUCCAGCCAGCAGACGUUGUUGGCAUUGGAGCGAUUUACAACUACUAUGUUGAGCACACCAUCUACGCAACCGAGUUUGACGGACGCACUGAAGAUCAAAUUCGUCAGCGAAUCAACACUGUCACCAGUGCAGGCCUUCCGUACUUGGUCGCAGUGUCAAAGAGCAACCAGUCCAAGGAUAAUCCCGGCUAUGUCACGGAAAAGAUUCUAGGCUUCAUCAGCUUGGAUGACUACUGCAGCCAGGCAUCCUCAUUCCGCUACACUUUUGAGAUGGAGCUGUUCGUCCACCCAGGCUAUACGAGCAAAGGUAUUGGCAAGUGUCUCAUGGAUCGUCUUCUAGAGAUGGCGGACACAAGCUACCGCCCUCGCGGCGGGUAUCAGUACGUCAACAACUUCGAGUACCUCAAGACCGGGCCAUCAAGGGUUAUCAAAACGAUCCUACUCAACGUCCCUCACGAGAAUGGGGAGCACGCAGAGACCGGAUGGCAGGGCCAGUUUCUCCACGCCUGCAAGUUCCAUCGUGUUGGUCGGCUCCCCAAAGUGGGAUAUAAGAACAGCACCGUUAUAGAUGUUGCCAUCUAUGCGCACCACACCAGUGAAGAGAUCAAUGCAGGUGCCCGUCCUACUGUAGCAGGAUAA